CUGGCAAGGGAACUCUCUAGUGACCUGAAUGAGGGACAGGCCCAUGGCUGUGAUGUCACAAAGCUCAUGAAAUCAGAGGUCCUAUGGAAGGGAAGGGAAGAAAACGGUGCAGGGAAGUGCUUUGCAGGGCAGCAUUCCUGGCCGCCAUCUUGCUGCUGCUGCGGGUCAAGGGAGUGAAGCUUCAGAAAGGCAGCCUGGAUCCCAACGAGAGGAGUCAGAACGAGAAAACACCCUCCACAGACCAGGAUCAAGAGAACUUUGAAGAGCACUUUGUGGCCUCCUCCGUGGGGGAGAUGUGGCAGGUUGUGGACAUGGCCCAACAAGAGGAUGACGGGACAUCAGACACAGCAGCCCUUCGUGACCACCUAUUUAACCUAGCCUUCUGCUUCAAUCUGGCCAGCAUCAUGGUUUUUUUAUGAGGGACAUUGAGGCUGAGGUGGUAGCCGGGCUCCUGGAUGAGGACCUUGCUAUCUACUUCCGCUUCAUGAUAGCUUACUGACCCCCUCUUCCCCACCGGGCUCCAGGUCACUACUCCCAAGGGGAGGUGUACACACAGUUUCCUGCCUCUCGUCAGUGGCUCGUCACCUCAGGAUUCAGCAUCUGAGAGAUCCUGGUGCUGGCCUUUCAACUGUCCAUUGCCCCAGCCUGACCGCCUCGCCACACUCUGAGCACCUUCUCCCAGGGCCGGAGACACCAGACCCACGGCCUUCUCUUUCCCACACCUCUCCCGGCUCUGCUCUGGACAGCACAUUAGGGGAAAGAGGCAGCAACAAUAAAAGUAAUAGCAGUAAAGUCCUGAAAACAUUUGGGGACAGCUUUCUGAGACUUAACCAAA